AUGGCUGGGGUGAGAGUGGAGCAGCCCAGCCCUGCAGCAGCCCCGCAGCAGGAGCGGUGUCGGGGACGGGCUCGGCCGCGCUGCCGGGGGUGUGUGUGUCUGGCUGCGGGAUUUGAUCCUAUUCAGGACUCCAGACAGGCCCCAACUGGGCAGCUCCAACAAAAGCCUGACGGUGAGGAACGGCUCUGUCAAAAGCUGCUGCUCGCUGGUGCGGACGCGGCAGACAGCUCCCGGGCUGCCGGGCUGGAGCCCCACCGGGAUGCCCCGCGGCAGGGUAUUGAUGACUGUUCCAGCAACCCCUGUGCCAACAGUGGGACCUGUGUGGAUGGCAACCAGAGCUACACGUGCCUCUGCCCGAGGGGGUGGUCGAGCCCCAGCUGCCAGAGCCCCGUCUACGCCUACUGGGUGGCACUGAACACCACCUCCUUCAGCCGCCAGCCCCGCUGUGCCCAGGGCCGCUCCGGCUCCCGGCGCUGCAGCUGCGACUCUGGCUUUCAGCUGAGAGCCAGUGGCGUGUGCCACGACGUGGAUGAGUGUCAGCUCUUCCAGUCCAUCCCCCAGACCCGGCUUUGCGUUCACAGCUGCCUCAACCUCCCCGGCUCCUACCGCUGCCUCUGUCCCCCCAGCUACUUGCUCCACGCAGACGGCAACACCUGCGAGGAUAUGGAUGUGGACGAGUGUGCUGAGAAGCAGCACAACUGCACCCAGGGCGAGCUUUGCGUCAACACCUUCGGAGGCCACCGCUGCGUGCGCCCCAAGUGCCCUCCCCCCCGCCACAACACCAGCUACGUCAAGACCUCUGCCUUUUGAUGCGAGAGGAGCCCCUGCCCCACGGAGAGCCGAAGCUGCCGCCUGGCCGCCACCUCCAUCUCCUUCCACUACCUGCCGCUGCAGGCCAACCGCACGGUGCCCCACGUCCUCUUCACCAUGUGUACCACCCGCGGCGUGGGGGACAGCCUGCGCUUCGCCAUCGUGGGCGGCCGCGGCCAGGACGUCUUUGCGGUGCGGCGCUCGGACCGGCAGACGGCGGAGCUGGUGCUCAGCAGCCCCGUGGCGGGGCCGGCCGCGCUGGAGGUGGAGCUGGAGAUGACCGAAUUCUCCCGCAGGCUCCUGCUGGCCAAGCAUAUCUUCAAGGCAUCCUUCGUGUCCGCCUACGAGUUCUGA